GCAUUUGUUGGAAUGGCCUUCACUAUCCAGUUCGUUAGAGAAUUUACCAGAUUAGGCCUGAAUAGAUCUGUCGGUGGGGUGUUAGCCCUGGCCUUCUCAAGAGAACUGAGUCCUGUUGUUACAUCAAUUGUGGUUGCAGGGCGAAUUGGAAGUGCAUUUGCUGCAGAGUUGGGAACCAUGCAGGUUUCUGAGCAAACUGACACGUUGAGAGUUCUUGGGGCAAACCCUGUGGAUUACCUGGUCACACCAAGGGUACUUGCUUCCUGUAUAGCGCUACCAUUCUUGACUCUAAUGUGCUUCACUAUAGGGAUGGCAUCUAGCGCCCUCCUGGCUGAUAGUGUUUAUGGGAUAAGCAUUAAUAUUAUUUUGGAUUCAGCUCAAAGAGCUCUUAAAUCAUGGGAUAUUAUUAGUGCCAUGAUCAAGUCACAGGUUUUCGGUGCCAUCAUAUCUAUUGUGAGCUGUGCCUGGGGAGUUACUACCAUGGGAGGCGCAAAAGGGGUUGGAGAAUCAACAACAUCAGCUGUCGUCAUCUCUCUUGUUGGUAUUUUUAUUGCUGAUUUUGCACUAUCUUAUUGUUUCUUCCAGGGAGCUGGAGAUUCUUUAAAGAACUGUGUAUGAUCAAUUACUCUUUAUGCUUUAUAGAAGAUCGGUUUUCUUUCGAUUA